AUGUCCACGUUCGUCUCGUCGCCCUACCGGCGCCCGGACUUUGCCGCCAGCACAUUCCACGACGAGCCCAGCUGGCGAGGCGAUUGCAUGCCCCCCAUGGCCAUGCUCACCCACCAAUGGCCCGAGACGCAACCAUCCCACCUCAACAGCCUCCAGCACAUCGACCUCCGCCUCUUCGCCAGCGAAGAGCAGCAAUUCCCGGAUCUCAGCUACAGCCAAUACGACGCCUACUCAGACCCGGAGACCGUCGGCACGCCUUCCACCUCCAGCUACCUCAACGACAUGGACUCCUGCUUCAACCCGCUGCCCAUCCCCUCCGACCACCUCCAACUCCCCAACAAAUCCCGGCGCACAAUGGGCCCCAUGGCGAGUCCCCAGAGCUCCCACGGCAGCAUAAGCCCCACGCCCAGCCCCACUCCAAUGCCAAUGCACGCCGCAACUCCCGCACCCAGCACCACCACCAUCUACAAAGUCGACUCCCCGGCAGCAGACAUGUUCAUCUGCCCCUCCGAGACCAGCCAAGACUCCGGCCCCGCCAUCACCAAAGCCAGCAAAUCGCGGGGCAACAAGCGCGCCCGCAUCCCGCACACGGCCGUCGAGCGCCGCUACCGCGAGAACCUCAACGCCCACCUCGACAAGCUGCGGCAGAACGUGCCUGCACUCGCCGCUCCCAGCCGGCACUUGUCUAGUGCGAGCGAGGGCGGCGUCAAGCCGAGCAAGUGCGAGAUUCUCAACGGCGCGAUCGAUCAUAUUUCCCUGCUUAGUCGGGAGAAUGCGGCGUUGCGGAACGAGCUUGUCGCGCUGAGGCAGAAGGUGGGCGAGUUUGACGGGUGGUAUCCCGGGGAGAUGCGAUGA